AUGGCGAGGUGGGAGCUGUGGGCCACCGCCGUGUCCUUGCUUUUCCUCUCUAUCCGAGCGUUUCCACAGACUGAUAUUAAAAUCAGCCCAGGUGAGUGUGAACAGGGACUCUUCCUUUCAGGACAUUUUGCAAAGGUCAGCCCGGUCCUGGAGCGGGGUGGCAUGUUCCAGAUGCCAGCGGCCGAGGUCCAAAAGGCAGUGCAAAGGGAAGAGCCCUGGAGUUGGAGUCAAGGAGAUCUAAAUGUAAAUCCUGCCAUGCCAGAGAUGAUUCAACCCUAUCCAUGCCCCCUGUUCUGGAUGGAGUAUGAAGGUUACUGCUACAGAUUUUUCCCUCUUAAUAAGACAUGGGCUGAGGCUGACCUUUACUGUGCAGAGUUCUCCAUAGGAACAAAGUCAGCCAAAUUGGCUUCCAUUCACAGCUGGGAGGAGAAUGUUUUUGUGCAUGAUCUCGUAAACAGCUGUGUGCCAGGAAUACCAACAGACAUCUGGAUGGGACUUCAUGACCGGAGACAGGAAGGUCAGUUUGAAUGGACAGAUGGCACAUCCUAUGACUAUAACUUCUGGGAUGGAAACCAGCCAGAUGAUGGCAUCCACUCUGCCCUUGAGGAAGAGGACUGUGUACAGAUCUGGUACCGUCACAAUAGUGCACUAAGAUCAUGGAAUGACAAUUCCUGCAGCCAGAAAUUCCCAUUUGUGUGCAAGAUCCCAUCGAGAACAAUUAACUAA